AUCACGUUCAGGCAAGAUCCAGUCGGCCAUCUUUUCCGAUGGCAACGUCCGACAUCUUUUCUAAGAUGGCGGACUUAUCGAAUGGCGGACCAAUGGGAGAACUGGUAGAAGUAGAAACUAUCUCCGUGCAAGAGCCGAACAUAGAGGUGGUGGAAACUGCAGGAGAGGAGCCGCAACCUCAAACAGUUCCGCUCAACGAUGCCGUCCAACUACUCUACCACCCGGUCGACCACGCGGAGGGUACCUACGUCACGCAAACUACAGACGCGCUGCAAACAGACUCGUUCUCGUCUUCUGACAUUUUAACAACGCCAGUAGCUGAACGUGAAGUGGUCGUUUCUCAUCUCGCACCUCUAACCGAACAGGAAGAAGGCAUAGAGCUCGGCAUAGGUUCGAGCACGAGUGACCAGCUCUCGCGUAAGCGACGCCACGAGGACGGGAUCGAUCUCUUGCUGUGGAGAAAGCCUGCGAAAGCUCCGCGCAAGAACCGGAAGGCAUCACGCAAGUCUGAGCCGUCUAGAUCGAUUUUCUAUGAUUCUUCUGCAGCGCGGACGAAGGGAACCGAUAUCUACCAGCAGACACGUAAGUGGCAGCGCAAGCAAGUUCAGAUGACGACCCUUGAGGGCGAGUUUACGGCCACACUCUGGGCCUCGGAUGAGAACAAACAGUUAUCAGAUGAUGGACCAGACUAUUCUGAAUAUCUUCGUGGAAAGAAGCUGCCCCCAGAAGGUUUACCUGGGUUGGACUUGAGUGAUCCGAUACAGCUGGCUGAAUUUACAAAAGUAAAAUCAAGAAGGAUGGGAGACUAUGAUGCUCCAAGAACUAUUCCCUGUCCUCACAAGGGCUGCACUAAAAUGUUCAGAGACAAUUCUGCAAUGCGAAAACACUUACACACACACGGGCCACGAGUGCAUGUGUGUGCAGAAUGUGGAAAGGCUUUUGUUGAAAGUUCGAAGCUAAAAAGACAUCAACUUGUUCACACAGGAGAGAAACCGUUUGUUUGUACAUUUGAGGGCUGCGGGAAACGUUUCUCUCUAGAUUUCAAUCUUCGAACGCAUGUCCGUAUUCACACUGGAGAUAGGCCAUAUGUGUGUCCGUUUGACAACUGUAGCAAGCGUUUUGCUCAGUCGACAAACCUCAAGUCUCACAUUCUGACUCAUGCCAAGGCAAAGAAGCGAAAUGAUUCAGCGUCUGGUUCUAUGUCUGCUGAUGACUCGAUGCAGCUAACCUCCCUAUCCUAGAGUCUGUGGGCAGGUUUUUGUUUUCUAACUGUAGAUGUAGUUGUUGGUUGCUAGUAAUUUCAGUUUUCUGGAACCAAGAAAAUCAAGUGUCAAUUAAUAUGACAGUGGUUUACAUCAAACUAGAAAGGUUUGCUAGUGCUUGAGUAGCUACACUCAAAUUGAAAUGUUAUACACUCACUUUAGUGAUCUUGAGUGUUGCGUUGGAGUUUUAUAUCACUAGUUGACAAUCUUGAGGUGUUUGGUGAAAAUGGAGACUCAUUCUC